GUUUGGUGAAUAAUGGAGAACUUAGAACAUAUCAACAACCAGAGAAGGAGAGGGGUAAGAGUGAGAGGAGGAGGACAAGGAAGAGGACAAGGAAGACGAGGGAGAGGAAGAGGAGGACAAGGAGGAGGAAGAGGACAAGGAGGAGGAAGAGAAAGAAGAAGGAGAACGGUGAUCUCUAAUGAGAUUCGGGGCACCGUGGUUGACCAUGUGCUCAACCAUGGUUUGAGCAUGAGGGAGGCUGGCCAGAGGGUCCAACCAAAUCUCAGCCGCUUCACAGUUGCUGCCAUCAUUAGAACCUUUAGAAUGGAGAACAGGACUGAAAGAGAACCACACCGUGGAGGAAGAACAUGCACUUUCACAGCCGAACAGGAGACUGACAUUGUGAAAAUGGUUAGUGAAAACAACACUAUCACACUCCGACAGACACAAACUAGGAUCCUGGCUGACCAUGCCACAUUCAGAAACAUCCAGACCGUCAGCCUCUCUACACUGGACCGUGUUGUCCGCAGGAAUGCCAUGCGGAUGAAACAAGUGUACAGGGUCCUAUUCGACCGGAACACAGACCACAUCAAGGAGUUACGGCAAGAGUUUGUGCUUCGGAUCCAGGAGCAUGACACAGCUAAUGAGCUAUAUGAAUACAUAUUCAUUGAUGAGGUUGGAUUCAACCUGGUGAAGAGGAGGCGCCGGGGCAGAAAUGUCAUUGGCCAGCGCGCCAUUGUUGUGGUCCCCGGCCAGCGUGAUGGGAACAUCACUUUGUGUGCUGCAAUGGGUUGAGCAGGCCCGUUGACAGUACUGUACUGUUCAGAAAUCAAACUUUUUUUGCCGCAUAUGUGUGCUGGUUUAUGUUUGACUAUGAAAAAAUUAGGCCUACACUGAGACAUUUUACAAAAGUUGAAAUGGCUCAUUCUCCAGAGUCAUUGUCAUUCAUAUGGUGUGUUCCAUUUCUAGAAUUGUGUUUUCAAUUUUGCACUACUGUGUGCUGUGAAUGCUUGGUAGUGUGCAGCAAAUGCUUA